UGAAAUAUUUCUCCCUUCGCCCUGAGCUCAAUCUGACGCACACAGGAGUAAAGACUGAAACAAGAACAGACACGUGCAAACAGAGAGGAGCCAUUUGCCCAAAAUACACCCGGAAGACAAAAAGCUGUGUUCAGUCUGAGAGAAGCGGAGUGGAGAGACUAUUUACCAACUGAGAGGACCACAAGAACCAACCUGAGUGCAGCCGGACAGGUCGAGGUGGAGGAGAUUGCGGCCGGCCGUUCCUGUGGUCAGUUUCCCAGCCGGAGGACUUUGAUCUCUGCUCACUGCUGGAAAGAAAACCCGUGCAGGGCUCAGGAUGCGUCUGAUCCUUUUCCUGUACUCAGCCUCUCUGCUCCUCCUGCUGCUUCCAGUCACUGAGAUGAAAAAACCCGGGAAGGGCAGAGGUCUUAAAAAGGCGAGACAGAAACUUUCACAGGACAGACUUAGGGUAAGAGGUCUUAGGCGCCAGAGCAGAUCAGGACCCUCCAGGUUUGUGACACCAAACUGUUUGGAGCUGUCAGAGUCUGGAGAAGACUUUGUGGAUUGUCAGGAUCGACAUCUCACCUCCAUCCCCACCUCAAACACCUGGUCCAGAGAACCCAAAUUCCUCCUUCUUGCCCGAAACCAAAUUAAAGUCCUCCAUGAUGGAGCCUUCUUAGGUUACGAUAGUUUAAUCAGUCUGGACCUCCAACAGAAUCAGAUCUCUCUUUUGGAGGAAGGAGCGUUUGACGGCUUAACACAACUUACAACCCUUCUACUGCAACACAACCGACUGACUACACUCAGUGAAGAAGCUCUGAUCCCCAUGCCAAACCUUCGCUACCUGCGUUUACAUAAUAAUCCCUGGAAAUGUCUCUGUGUAAUGGAAAGUCUCGUACGUACUCUUCAAGUGCCCAGCAACCGAAACCUUGGAAAUCAUGCCAGGUGUGCAGAACCCACCCAUCUAAAAAACAAGAAGUUGAAGAAUAUUGAUCCUGAAUCACUUUGCAAAGAUAUAGAAUCCACUGGUGACCCAAACAACAACCUAACCAUCUCUAUCGAGCCCAGUCCAAUCCGCACCAAAUCAGAUGCUACAAUGCUCUGCCAUACCUACGUCUUCCCAAAGAGAUGGAUGGACUGCAGAAACCGAGGUCUAACUCAGGUACCCUCAGGAAUUCCAGAGGAUGUUGUUCAAGUUGACCUGUCCCAUAAUUCAAUCAGUCAUCUCAAACCAAGAGAUUUCCAAGGAGCAAGGAGCCUCAGAAUCCUCAACCUCAGCAGCAACAACAUGGAGCACUUAGACACAGCAUCCCUGUCUGGGCUUUUGCAUCUUCAUGAGCUGGAUUUGUCAGACAACAAACUGAGUUCUGUUCAGUAUGGGGUUCUUGAAGAUCUUUACUUCCUGUCACAGCUAAAACUAGGAGGAAAUCCUUGGGUCUGUGACUACAACAUCCACUACAUGGUUUACUGGUUACGUCUGCACCCAGGAGUGAAGUACUCCGGACUGCUGUGUCACUCUCCUCUGGAAUACUCAGGUGAGAGUGUGCAGGAGUAUGUGCACUCCUACAACAGAGAGUGUCCCAAGGACAAACAGCUCAGCAGACCCAAUCAAGACCAAACAGACCCCGAGCUUUGGGAGACAGCGAUGGAAUUACAGGGAGAGGUGGAGGAGGAGCUGGAGCCGAGCCACUUGAGAGCACCACAGAAAUAUCAGAUCAUCAGGCUGUCAUGACUCAAGUGAAAACAUGCCCCAAUAUUUGGAUAUAAUAAGACUCUUUCUUAAGUUUCAUUUAAACAUGUAAAAUAGUCUGUAUCAUACUAAAAAGUUGGCAGCACGGUGG